CCAGAGUCAGACCACUAUGUCGGCUCUGCUCAACUUCCAAUCGCUGCUCUUUGUGGUGCUCCUCUUCAUCUGCACCUGCGCAUACAUCAGAGCAUAUCGCCCACAGCUCAUCGAUGCUAACAAGACCGGCGUCUUUGGCAUGGCGUUCAAAGCUGCGCGCAUAGGUGAGCGGCUAUCGCCGUGGGUCUCGCUCUCCUGCAUUGCUAUGGCUGGCUACAUCCUCUUCGUCGACUCUCGCUAACCCCAGAGCACUGCUCGAAUGUUAUCGCAUGAUCUCAACAUCAAUAUGCUGUCCAGUGCCACCUGUUUGCGGACGCCGCCAUCAGGACGCAACCUGAUACAAACACCGCUGGGAGUCAGCCUCUCCCUACUCGCCUAGCCUGCUCGUCACGGACAAGGACGCAGCUGGCGAUGCGCCGCAUACCGGCCAUCUCCCGCGCUGGCCGGGAAUAAUCAACCCCAUGGCAUAAAGACCAAUCGUAGCAU